CCGUUUGGUUACGUGUUGUAUAUGGUGCGUCCACUUCAAGAUAGUGGAACCGGUGUGUCUCGUGGCAAAGUUUCACCUAUGAUACAGAAUGAAGAUUAUGAAUAAAUUGCUCUAUUUUCUUGCAAUAUUUGAAAUUGUAUAUGCCGGAGGACCAUCGCUGGUUUUACUUGACAAUUUAGCAAUAAAAGAAACACAUUCCAUAUUUUUUAAGACGUUACAGGAUAGCGGAUAUACAUUAACAUAUAAAUUAGCCGACGAUGCUAAUUUACAACUCUCCAAGUACGGCGAGUAUUUGUAUAAACAUUUAAUAAUAUUUGCUCCAUCUGUGGAGGAAUUUGGCGGAGCCUUAAGCGUAGAGGCAAUAACCGACUUCAUCGAUGGCGGUGGUAACGUAUUGGUCGCUGGUUCCUCUCAAUCCGGCGACGCAUUACACGAGUUAGCAUCUGAAUGUGGCUUUGAAAUCGACGAGGAGGGUUCUGCAGUAAUAGAUCACUUGAACUAUGACGUCUCCGAUAAUGGAUAUCAUACAAAGAUAGUAGCAGAUCCUGCCAACUUAAUCGAUGCUCCAGUUAUCGUUGGAAGCAAAAAUAUCCAGCCUCUACUUUACCAAGGAACUGGACUGAUCGCAGAUGUAGAGAAUCCAUUGAUCUUACGUUUAUUAACAGCAUCUAGCUCUGCGUAUUCUUACAAUCCACAAAAUCCUAUCAAAGAAUAUCCUCACGCAGUUGGUAAAAACACGCUGUUAAUUGCAGCUCUUCAAGCCAGAAACAACGCAAGAGUUGUAUUUUCUGGUUCCUUGUACUUCUUCAGCGAUGAAGCAUUCACUAGUCCCAUUCAGAAAGCUCAAGAUGGGAAGAAAUACGAGAAAUCUGGAAACGAGGCUGUGGCAACCAUGAUUGCCCGUUGGGUCUUCAAGGAGAAUGGUGUGAUACGAGUUGCAUCGGUUCAUCAUCACAGAGUGGGAGAAUCCGAACCUCCAGCAGCGUACACUAUCAUGGACGACGUUGUUUAUUCUAUCGAGGUGCAGAAGCUGUCAGGCGAUCAAUGGGUUCCUUAUGAAACGAACGACCUACAAUUGGAAUUCGUUCGCAUCGAUCCAUUCAUCCGCAUGACGAUGAAACCCGUAGGCAACGGCCGGUACGAAGCUAGAUUUAAGAUCCCUGAUGUUUACGGGGUCUACCAAUUCAAAGUCGACUACACCCGUAUCGGUUUAACGCAUUUGUACAGCACAACGCAGGUGUCUGUCCGUCCUUUGCAACACACUCAAUACGAACGCUUUAUCCCUAGCGCGUUUCCCUAUUACAUAAGCGCGUUUUCAAUGAUGGGCGGUGUGUUUCUCUUCUCACUCGUAUUCCUUCAUUACAAAGAGGACACGAAAGCGAAGUCUGAAUAAAAAUAACAGUCGAAUCACAUCGUACGUAUGUUUUCUCAGUGGAAUACGCACAUACGUUAUGCCAUUAUCUGGAUUUAUGUAAAUUCAAAAUUGUAUCCCAACAAAGUGCAUCUACACUAUGCGCAUACGUUUAAGAUAAAACCUUUGUAUUUAUUAAAUAAAUAGAAACAUAAGCAAACAAAAAGAAUUCAAGUAUCGCACGAAGUGUAUUUGCACAUGAAUAGUUCAUUUUCAAGGAUGUUUUUAUAAUUAAUGUAUAAUAAAUGGACAAAA